AUGAGUGCCAGUAAAUCCAAGGCAAAAGUGACAAUUAAGACUGUCAAGAGCUGGGGGUUCGGGGUGGGGUUUGAGACAGAAACAACGGGAGAGGGGAUCACUUAUGCCAGUAAAAUCUGGUGCGAGACAUGCAGGAGACAGGGGGCUAAAAUCAAAUGUGACCCUCGAAUACGUGGAGCGGCCGAGAAGGCAGCGAGUGCUUACAUCAACGGAACUACCUUCAUAACAAAACACAAUGUGAGCAGGCAUUUUGGGGGAAAGGUGCAUGAAAUAGCUGUAGAGUAUGAAAAACUUCUUGGAGGAUGUAGGGUAAAACCUCACUCUGGAAGUGCUGCUGCUUCUUCUGGUACUACCAGUGGUUCCCAACCAAGAAUUGACUCAGCUUUACAUCGUGAAGCAACAGAGGGAUACCGUAAACUCUUAAAAACUGCGUAUGAACUUGCAAGAGGUGGCCUUCCACUUUCCCAUUUCAAAACUUUGGUAAAGAUUCAGAAGGAGAAUGGGGUUAGAUUACUUCAAGGGACUGACAGUAGUGACGCAUGCAAAGAAUUUGUUUCAGAGAUAGCUGAAGCCAUCAGAGAAACGGUCGCUGUUCUUCUGUGCAACUCCACAGCGUUUAGUGUGCUAACAGAUGGGUCUCAGCCAAAGAAAACAGGGUCUGAAAAAGAGCUGGUUAUGGUUAGGUUUGAGAAAGGUGGUAUCCCCUGCUACUAUGUGAUUGGACUGCAAGAUAUAGACGAGUAUGGCAACCCAAGUGCAGCCAAUCUGAAGAAAUCAAUUGACUCAGCAUUCAAAGACACAUUAAAGCUUGAGAAGGAACGGUACAUCAAUGUGAUGGUGGGAGCAACGAGCGAUGGUGCCUCGGUGAAUACAGGCUUGUACAAUGGGCUUCUGACGCAAUUCAAGAAAGAAAGGACAUGGUUGGUAACUGUGCACUGUGUGAGCCAUCGUGUGGAGCUUGCAUUGAAGGACUCAUUAAUGAAAUCAAAGGAAUUUAAAGAUGUGCAGGACUUCAUGAUUGGUAUCUACUACUCAAUGAAGAAAUCUGGAGAACUAAAACGGCAACUGAAGGACUUUGGUAAAAUCCAUGAUGUCAGUGUAUAUACCUUCCCCAAAGUCCAUGGGACAAGAUUUGUUGGGCAUCAAAGAGCAGGGGUUGAGGCUCUAUUGAAUAAUUGGGUCCCACUUGCAGAAACUUUAGAGAGUGUUUGUGCUAGCCGUAAACAUAACAAUUGUGCCAAAUUGUUAGGGUACUUGAAGAAACUGAAAAGCUAUAAUUUCUUGUGUUCUGUUUGUCUCUAUAAGGGUUUCUUAGAUGCCAUAACACCCUUGUCACAGAGAUUUCAGAAGGGAGAUCUUUUUCAGUUUGAGAUCCAGAAUUAUGUUGACCAAGCCAAGAGUCACAUUACUGAUCUGAUGGAUGACGACUAUGAUCACACUAAUCCAAUUGAUUGUUAUGCAGGAUCUCUGUUAAGGUUUGACAAUGACAGUAACUCAGUGGUGGCAAAACUCCCCGAACUUGGACACACAAAGAGAAAACCAGAAAACAGAGAGUACAGGGAGAUUAAGUUGAGUUUAACUGGUUGUACUGGUCAUAGUACAUUGAGGCAUAUGAAUAAAUUGAGGUCUGCCACAGUACCUAGAGUUAAUGAUGCUCUGUGUUCUAGGUUUGAUUUAAAUGAGCCAAAUUGUGAAAUCCUAAAGGAUAUGAAAUGGAUAGAUCCUGCUAAUUGGGUUGCUGAUGUAGAUGUAGAUUCAGAAGUCAACUCUAUGAUGAAUCUUUACAGGCAUUUUCAAUCCACACUUGACUUUGCAAACUUUGAUUCUGACCAAAAGAAACUAAAACGAGAGUGGCGUGAUUUGAGAAUGACUGUAAAGAAUUUCUAUGUUGGUGUAGAAGGGAAACAAAUGUGGCAGAAUUUCCUAACAUAG